CUCAGCCCGCGCCCCGCGCCCAGCUCCCCGCGCCCGCUCCGCGCCCCGCUCCGCGCCCGGCCCGGCGCCCCGCUCCCCUCGCGGCGGGCGGCGCGGCCAUGAGGCUGCGGGGACGCCAUCCCCGGGCCGCCCCCGCCUCCAGCGCGGGGGCCGGCGACGCGCGGCGGCUGGCGCCCCCGGGGCGGAACCCCUUCGUGCACGAGCUGCGUCUCAGCGCCCUGCAGAAGGCCCAGGUCGCCGUCCUGACCCUGACGCUCUUCCCCGCCCGGCUGCUGGUCGCCGCCGCGAUGAUGCUGCUCGCCUGGCCCCUGGCGCUCGUGGCCUCGCUGGGAUCGGCCGAGCGGGAACCGGAGCAGCCCCUGGCCCUGUGGCGGAGGGUCGUGGACGUCCUGCUCAAGGCCAUCAUGCGCGCCAUGUGGUUCGCCGGCGGCUUCCACCGCGUGGUUGUGAAAGGGCGGCGGGCACCGCCCACCGAGGCCACCAUCCUCACCCUGGCACCACACUCCUCCUACUUCGAUGCCAUCCCCGUCACCAUGACGAUGUCCUCCAUCGUGAUGAAGGCGGAGAGCAGAGACAUCCCGAUAUGGGGAACUCUGAUAAAGUACAUCCGGCCCGUGUUCGUGUCCCGGUCGGACCAGGACUCCCGCAGGAAGACGGUGGAGGAGAUCAGGCGGCGGGCGCAGUCCGGCGGGACGUGGCCGCAGAUAAUGAUUUUCCCAGAAGGCACGUGUACCAACAGGACCUGCCUCAUUACCUUCAAGCCUGGUGCGUUUAUCCCGGGGGUCCCUGUCCAGCCGGUGGUCUUGCGGUACCCAAACAAACUGGACACCAUCACGUGGACGUGGCAAGGCCCCGGAGCGUUGAAGAUCCUGUGGCUCACGCUGUGUCAGUUUCACAAUCAAGUGGAAAUUGAGUUCCUUCCUGUGUACACCCCCUCGGAGGCGGAGAAGAAGGACCCCGCGCUGUAUGCCAGCAACGUGCGGCGCGUGAUGGCAGAGGCCCUGGGCGUCUCCGUAACUGACUACACGUUUGAGGACUGCCAGCUGGCCCUGGCGGAAGGCCAGCUUCGUCUCCCCACGGACACCUGUCUUCUGGAGUUUGCCAGGCUGGUGAGGGGCCUGGGGCUAAAACCAGAAACACUUGAACGAGACCUGUACAGACAUGCAGAACGCGCCAAGACCAAGCAGGGUGGCAGGGUGACGCUCUCUGAGUUCGCGGCGCAGCUGGGGGUCCCCGAGUCCGAGACGCUGGAGGACCUGUUUUCCUUGUUCGACGAGAGUGGCAGCGGGGAGGUGGACCUGCGGGAGUACGUGGUCGCCCUGUCCGUCGUCUGCCAGCCGUCCCAGACCCUGGACACCAUCCGGCUGGCGUUCAAGAUGUACGGGUCACAGGAGAACGGCAGCAUAGACGAGCACGCCCUGUCCAGCAUCCUCAAGACCGCCCUGGGGGUGGCUGAGUUGACCGUGACAGACCUCUUCCAGGCCAUCGACCAAGAGGAGAAGGGCAGGAUCACGUUUGCCGACUUCGAGAGGUUUGCCGAGGCGUCCCCCGACUUCGCAGAGGAAUACCUGUACCCCGAGCAGACGCGCUCCCGGAGCUGCGCACAGACGCCCGCGGCUCCCACCCCCAACGGCUUCUGUGCCGACUUCAGCCCCGAAACCUCGGCCGUCGGGACAGAGCCUUUUCGCAAGAAGCUGGACUAGGACGGGAGGGUCUGGAGAGACAGGCCUCUCCGCAGCCGCCCCCCCGUUUGCUGUGACCACACCCAGGUUCCACGCGCCCCACGUGCUGUCCCUUCGCGGCCCGCGGGCCCCUGGAGGGAAAGCCACGUGCCCCGACGCACACGGGCUCAGGGGCAGCUCCGGGGGCCCCUUGCGGGUGGCGCGCGGGCCGGGCCAGCUCUGCUCUCACCUCGAGCCUCCUGCUCCGUUUGCAUCCUCUCCGCCGCCGGCCCCUGCGGUCCGGCCCGGCCCGGGGCCUCCACGGCAGGCGCGCGGAGGCCAGGAUCCAGCACAGAGCCUCUGCCGGCCUCGGGGGAGGCCGCGGGCCCCGCCGCUGUCUGAUUUUUAAGCGUUUCUAUAUUUGCAGGAGCUCAUGAGUAUUUUAUAAACUUCAUUUAGAUACUUCAGGAAACAUUCAGCAUUUUUUUUUACGAGAAUUGUUUUUCUACUUCAUUUUCCUUUGAGGGUCAGCGGACGUUUAUUUAUCGGCCCUUUUUUGAUAGGUUCUGGGGCCGCGGGGGCGCUGAGGUGACUGGCCCUCCGGCCUCCCUCCACCCGGUACCGCCUCCCCGGGGGCGCGGCAGGCGCCCGGCCCACAGCCGCGUUUCUGCCACCUCAGCUCUUCUCAGAGCCGCCCCUUUCGCACCAGCCUGGGGUUUGUGUUUCAACGUGACAGAAGCUGUCUCACCCAAGUGUGCGCUCCCGUCAGCUCGCGUGUCGGGCAGAUGCGUGGGGCUGAGGCGGAGCGGAGCGGGGGGGAGGCCCCGUCGCCCCGGGUGCCCUGAGGGAUGGUGACCGCAGGAGGCCCUGCCCGAGGCGGACUGUGUCCCCGUCCCCCCACCCCCACCCCGGGGUCCUCGGACGCCUGGAGCCCGAUCAGCCCCAGGGCAGGAAGGCGUGGGAGCCGCAGGAGCGGGUGGCCUGGGGGCGCGCUGCCCGCUCCGCGUCCCCGGGGUGGGGUGGCGGGCAGCGCCUCCGGGCUCAGGGAGGGGCUCCAGGUGCUGCCCUUCCUCCCGAGACCGCCUCCAUCCAUUCCCUUGGGACGUAAUUAGAAACCUGUCCUCAAAGCACAAUGACAACCACACACUGAGUUUGUUCCCUGAAGCGAAGCCUCUGGGUUUGUUCGGGAGGUUCUGUGUUGGAUUUCUGAGACCUUGGGUUUUCUCUUGGGGGCACCUCCACCGAAACGGACCCCCGGGGCCAGAAGUACAGGGAAAACGUUUCCUGACUUCCUGCGGCUCGGAGGCUGCGCGUCUGCAGCCGGACGGCAGAAAAGGAAACACCCGUGACGUCCGUUCCUUCCGACGCCCCCCGCCCCGCGCGGGCCCGGGGGGACCUGACGUCCCGCCAGGGCGACCGCCCGUCGGACACGCACCUUCCAGCACGGCCGCGGCCGCGGACGGCACGGCUCUCGUGAUCGCAGGGCGCGUGACGUGUCAUUUUUUAACAGAGAAAAGCCCACACCCGGCGAAGAAGGAGGCGACGAGCCGAGAUGUUCUGAGGAGGGGCCGCGGCCCCGCGUCUGUGGAUGAAGGGUUUUUGAAUGAAACGCCGCUGUGCGUUUUCAGGAAAAAAUCUCUGAGAAACAGACCUCAAAUGGAUGUUUGUCCCUCCUGAUGCCCUUGUCGCGCGUCGUGGCGUAGGGUCGCGGGCGUUCGGCGCUGUGAACGUGCAGGGCCGGGGACGGAGCCCCCGCCGUGGGACCGGGAGCCCACAGGCGCCCCCAGAACAACCUGGGGUUUUCAACAGAGCGAAUAAAAUCUAAAGUCUUGUAUG